AUGAAGACACUUCAGAGAAAUAGGAGUGUAUUCCAGCAAACUAAAAUUCUCUUGUGGAAAAAUGUACUUACCAAGUGGAGGAUGAAGAUGCAGAGCUUUCAGGAGUGGGUGCUGUCUCUGCUCUUUCUGCUGCUGCUGUUCAUACUGUUCAUGUUCAUGCUGAGCUUCCGCUACCCUGAAGUGCCUUACAGCCCCCUGGGGCAGCUGGACGACCCUGCCUACAACGCCAUGGGGGUCACCGUCGCCUUCACACCCAGCACCACGACCACGAGGCACAUAAUGAACAGAGUGGCCCUGAAGUCUGUCAUGAUAGGUAUAAAACUAGAGGCACUGGACGAUGAGAGAGCCCUGGAGGAAGCCUGGAUUUCAAACAAUGAAAUUAUAGGGGUUAUAUUUAAGGACAACUUCUCCUAUCACCUCAGGUUUCCUAGGUGGCGUGUGGCUAUUCCAAACGACAACUUUGGAUACAUAGAUAACUGUUACAAUUUCUCAUCCUACUGCUACAGCCCGAGGUAUUGGUACAAAGGCUUCCUGUCCCUGCAGUCCAGCAUCGAUGCUGCUAUUAUAGAGGUGGUGACAAAUCAUUCUGUUUGGGAAGAAAUGAAAUCAAUCGCUGGUGUCCGUAUGAAGUCCGGGCGCAUCAACUCCUCGAUUACACUGGAGUACAGUUAUUUCAUGAUUGUUGUCGUGAUGUGUUUCUCUCCAUUCAUGUAUUUCUUAUCGGUGAAUGUUGUAAGAGAAAAGAAGAAGCUCAAAGUAUUGAUGAAGAGAAUGGGGCUGCAGGAUGUUGCCUUUUGGCUGUCCUGGAGUCUGCUGUACGCUGGCUACGUGAUGGUCCUCUCCUGCCUGCUGGCAGCUCUCGCGGUGCAGGCUCCUUUCUAUCUCAGCAGCUUCCCUGCCGUCCUUCUGCUGUUCUUCCUCUAUGGCCUAGCAUGUAUCCACCUGAUCCUCCUGCUCUGCUCCCUCCUAAGGACCGCCACGCUCGCCGGGUCCAUGGGGUUCCUCAUCACCUUGCUCUUCGGAUGCCUGAGCCUCGCAGUGUUGAUAGAAAAACUUCCAGAACCGUUGCAGUGGUUUCUCAGUCUCUUCUGUCCUUUUGCAUUUAACGCUGGCAUCGCAAAGGUUUUCCAUUUAGAAAAAUAUGGAAUGGGUUUCUCUUUUUCUAACCUUAUGGAGGAAUCAUACUUUUUAUUUUCAACUUACAUUAUGCUGGUCUUUGACUCAGUCUUGUACCUGCUGUUAGCUCUGUAUUUCGACAAAGUUCUGCCAGGCAAAUACGGGAUCCCAGAUCCCCCUUUUUUCUGCUUGAAGCCGUCGUACUGGAUACGGAGCAGGAGAGGCUCCACCAGGGAGAUGCCCAGGACUGCAGCGAGCCCCGAGGAGCUCCUUGGUGAUGACGUAGAGCCCGUGCCCCAUGAAUUCCUGGGGAAGAAGGCCAUCAGAAUCAACGGUGUUAAAAAAAUGUAUAAAAAGAAUGACAAGAAGACAGAAGCUUUAAGAGGUUUGUCUUUAACUAUUUACGAGGGUCAGAUCACUGCCUUACUUGGCCACAGUGGGGCUGGGAAGACAACGCUGUUAAAUGUUCUCAGUGGACUGACUCUGCCUUCUGAAGGUUCUGCAACCGUAUACAACUACAACCUCUCUGAGAGAGGAGAUAGGGAAGAAAUUAGAGACAUGGUUGGUAUUUGCCCACAAUUCAACAUACAGUUUGAAGCCUUAACGGUGAAAGAAAACUUGAAAACUUUUGCAGAAAUCAAGGGCAUCAAAUCCAGAGAGGCAGAGCGAGAGGUGCAAAACAUUUUGGAACUGUUGGAUAUCAGCAACCUUCAAGACACUCGAGCUGAGAAACUGAGUGGUGGGCAGAAGCGGAGGUUAUCCAUUGGAAUAGCCAUGCUUGGGAACCCCCAGGUUUUGUUUCUAGAUGAGCCAACAGCUGGGCUGGAUCCUCUUUCCAGGCACCAAGUGUGGAGCAUUCUGAAGGAGCGCAGAGCUGGACGGGUGAUCCUCUUCAGCACCCGCUCCAUGGACGAGGCCGAUAUCCUCGCAGAUCGCAAAGCUUUUAUCUCGCACGGGAGGCUGAAGUGUGUUGGCUCUUCUCUGUUCUUGAAGAAAAAAUGGGGGAUUGGCUAUCAUUUAAGGAUCCAUGCCAGUGAUUCUUGUGACUUAGAGAACGUGACAUCUCUGGUGAAACGGUACAUCCCCAAUGUCACAUUCUCAGGACACGGUCAAAAUGAGCUGAGAUAUAAACUGCCAUUAGAAAACGUGAAUAAAUUCCCAGAUCUGUUCCGUGGCCUCGACAGCUGCUCCGACCAGGGAGUUAUCAGUUACGGAGUCAGCAUGACAACCCUGGAGGAUGUCUUCCUGAGGCUGGAGGAAGAAACCACAGCGGAUCUAGAAGAUGAGCACAUCCCUGGGGAGGAGUGGACAGGACUGCGAUGCCCCCAGGAGCCGGAGCUGGGCUACCUGCUGCUCUCCGACACCGGGAAGGCGACAGUGGAUGGCUGGGCUCUCUGGAGGCAGCAGGUCUCUGCCGUGGCAUGGGUGCACUUCUUAAAGCUUAAGAGAUCAGUGAAAAACCUGCGGUCGAUUUUGCUGCUCUAUGUGGUUUUUCUGCUUCCUCUGCUUUUGCCACUGUCCCUGGUUGCUGUCUGGAAAAGUUUGAGUGCUUGGGAGCUCUCGUCUGCACAGUACUUCGUGCCCCUGGGGAAGAGGGCUGUCUCGGAGACAACCAGCCUCCUGGUCUACAAUAACACGGGCACAGGCAUUGAAGACUUCAUCCACAUGCUCGAGAGCCAAGAUCUCUCAGUGGAAAUAACAAGCGAGGAAAAUAUCACAGAGGAGCUAAAACACAAUGGGGCUAUAAAAGUAUCUCGCAAAGGUCAGAGCUACAGGUUUACUGUGUUAUGCCACGUGGAGGUCGUCAACUGCUUCCCGGUGCUUGUGAAUGUCAUUAGCAACGCUCUGCUGAGAGCCCUCAAUUCCACCGUGCACAUUCGGAUCUGGAGUCAUCCGUUUUGGUUUGUGAAUGAGACAUCAUACUGGGAUUCUUUUAUUUCUAUUUACAUCCUUUAUAUGCUGCUGUUACUCCCUGGUUUUUCUCCUCACUUUGCAAUGGGCUACAUGCAGGAUUACAAGGCAGGAGCUCAUGCCCAGCUGCAGAUCUCAGAAAAAACCUCGGCAUACUGGUGCGGCCAGGCGCUGGUGGACGUCCCGUUGUGCUGGUUCCUUCUCUUCUCAAUGUUCGGGGUUCAGUUCGCCAUGAGCAAUGAGAUUUCUGCGAUCGUUGACAGCCUCAUCUUGCUGAUCACAGGUAUUUUUGGCUAUGGAAUUUCUAUCGUCCUCUUCACCUACUUGAUCUCUUUCAUCUUUCGCAAAGGGUGGAACUGUGAUUUUUGGUCUUUUAUCCUGAUAGCGGUAUGCUUGGUUUCUUUCAUCGUUAACAGAGUCCUGGAUUCCACGACCAACACUACAGUCCUCCUCUGCGUUCUGUCUUUCUUGAUCCCCGUGUACCCGCUGCUGGGUGUAGUAAUGAUCUGCCAACACAAUUUUAUAGAACGUAUUGCUUUCGGUGAGACUCCAAGGAAUGAUGCACUAAUAGCUGUCUUUGCACCUUAUAUCCAUUCUGUGGCUUUCAUUUUUCUUCUUCGAUAUUUGGAGACGAAAUAUGGAAGAGCAGUUCUGAGAAAGGACCCAGUAUUUAGGAUUUCCCCAAGAAGAGAGAGCAGCCACCAGCACCCUGAGGAGCUCGAGGAGGAAGAUGAAGAUGUUAAAGCUGAAAGAGCAGCAGUGAGAAGUGCCAUAGUGGCUCCGGGCCAGGAGGAGAAAUCAGUCAUUAUUGUCAGCAAUCUGUGCAAGGAAUAUAAAAUAAAACAAGCUGGUUCAUUUUUUAAGAAGAAGAAGAAGAUGGCCAUCAGAAAUGUUUCCUUCUGUGUUAAAAAAGGGGAAGUAUUAGGACUCCUGGGGCCCAACGGAGCUGGUAAAAGCACAGCCAUCAAAAUGAUUACUGGAGAGACGACCCUGACUGGUGGGCAGGUGCUGAUGAAGAGGGGAGAUGGAGCAACCUCCCACCUCCAGGACCCCGCGCCCGCCUUCCUGGGGUACUGCCCCCAGAAGGACCCGCUCUGGCCGGACCUCACCGUGCACGAGCACCUGUGGGUCUAUGCAGCCAUGAAGGGGGUGUGCAAGGAGGACACGGCGGCUGCUGUCAACCGAGUAGUGAAUGCUCUGCAGCUUCAAGACUAUUUGAAGGAAAAAACCAGAAAGUUGUCAGCUGGGAUAAGCAGGAAGCUGUGCUUCGCCAUGUGCAUGCUGGGGAGCCCCGCGGUCCUGCUCCUGGACGAGCCGUCGACUGGCCUGGACCCCAACGGGCAGCACUGUGUCUGGAAAAUGAUUCGUGCUGCCCUGAAAUCCAAGGAGAGAGGAGCCAUCCUGACAACGCACUACAUGGAGGAGGCGGAGGCGAUGUGCGACCGCGUGGCCAUCCUGGUGUCUGGGCAGCUACGAUGCAUUGGCUCCAUUCAGUACCUGAAGGACAAGUUUGGCAAAGGCUAUCUGCUGGAAAUUAAGGUCAAGGAUCCAGAGCGCACUGAUCUUCUUCACGCUGAGAUUUUGAGGAUUUUCCCAAGUGCAGCCCGUCAGGAGCGGUUCCGCUCAUUGCUAGUCUACAAGGUCCCAAUGGAAGAUGCAUUGCCCCUGUCUCAGUCUUUCUCCAAGCUAGAGGACGCCAAACGAAACUUCAGCCUCGAGGAGUACAGCUUCUCUUUGAAUACUCUGUCUCAGGUGGUUUUGGAACUCUCCCAAGAGCAGGAAAAUGAUAAUUUUGAUCUGACUUUGGAUGGGACUUUGGAAUGGAAACAACUCCAGCAGGAGGACUGGUAAAGAUCCAAGAUGCUCAUUUACUCAUGACUCAGUAUUAACCUAACUGAUGUGAUGCUGCACGUAUUUCCUGCUGUUACCAACAUACCACGAAGAGGAGGAAGAGCUCUGCCUUUCUGGUGAGCGUCAGCUGAGGGCUCCUCUCUGCUGCAGAAGACAUUUCACCUGGACUCUGCAGGCGUCUACGCUGAGCUCUACCCCA